AUGAAUAUAACAAACACUGCUCACAACACAAAGUUGAAAGAUAUAGUUAAUAGUUUAUUAUCUGCAAAUGAAAUGACAGAUGAUAUACUAUUAGCUUUAUAUGCGAUAUAUGAUAAGACAUUAUCGGAAUCACUACAGAUAAUAGAUAAACAGAUGAUUGUUAAAUAUAUCUUCAAGCCAUCGAAUAGAUCAUUCUAUGUUGUCAACGGACAUCAAAAAGAUUCGAAAUAUUUAUGUUUGUUAGACGGCGAUUAUUGUGGAUGUCCUGCAUUUAGAAAUAGUUCACCAAAGAGUGAUUUUAGUUAUUGCAAACAUCAAUUGGCAUCGAAACUAACAGAGAUGAUGAAUGAUAAAUCGGUUACAACAUUAAGUGAUAGGUUACAAAUAACAGUAUGA